AUGGCACACCACAACCCCACGAAAAUUCUGCUGAGUUUGCCAUUUUUCAUCCAAAUCAAAAUAAUGAUGUCCAUAGCAAAACAUUCGGUGGAGUCAUUCCAAAACGUCCUAACCGUAUUCCCAAGUUUAGGCCCGGCUGCAAAAACCCCAGACGUCCUCAAGCAACUAAACUUUCACGAGCUUACCACCAAAUCACUCACAAAUAUACUUCCGUAUCACAACCUACUCAACCUCUCUCUUUCUGUAGGCAACUUGGAAGCCCUUUACCUACGUGGCAUGGAAGAAUAUUUCAAAAAUGAAAACAUUACUCAGGGUUUGGAAUAUCUCCACCUCGCAGCUCAGGGUUUUUAUGAUAAUGCUAUUUAUCUUUAUGGUAUAAUAAUGUUAUCUAGGGGCCAUCCAGCAAUCGGCAUCCCAAUGCUAGAUUCACUAAAUUGGAGAGACGACAAAGCAAGAUCAGAUGUCUGUUGGCAAAACAUCAAGACUUCUCUUCAUGGAGUUCAAGUUAAAAGAUUAGACAUAUACAUCACAACUUACAAAGCCACGAGAGCUACAAUUGCAUGUCAUAGGAAUGAUAUGAGACGGUGUGAGGCAUGUUAUUAUUUUAAACAAAUGAAGAGAUUUAUUUUCAUAAUGUAA